UCCCUCGCUCGGCUCCCCUCCACUCCGCUCUGCGCUCUGCGCUCUGCGCUCUACCCGUAGCCACUGACGCCGCCGCGGAGCCCUCUGCGGGGCAGACACCGCCGCAGCUCUGCGUUCCCCCUCGCUCCGCUCGCUUCCUCACUCGGGCCAACCUCCCGCAUCCGCGAGAGCGGAGGAGACAGGAGGGGGCGGAAAUCCAGAGCGAGCCGGAGCGCGCGAGGAGAAGUGGGCUGCCCGCCCCCCAUCCCGCCACCCCCUCCCUCUCCGCCACCCUUGGGCUUCGGGAAACCUUCCCCAGACUUUCUGCAUGACUGUCACAAAGAUGUCCUGGCGCCCGCAAUACCGUAGUUCGAAGUUCCGGAAUGUCUACGGGAAGGUGGCCAACCGAGAGCACUGCUUUGACGGGAUCCCCAUCACCAAGAAUGUGCAUGACAACCACUUCUGCGCUGUCAACGCCAGGUUCCUUGCCAUCGUUACAGAAAGCGCGGGAGGCGGAUCCUUCCUUGUAAUCCCCCUGGAGCAGACAGGCCGAAUUGAGCCCAACUAUCCCAAAGUUUGUGGUCACCAGGGCAAUGUGCUGGACAUCAAAUGGAACCCUUUCAUUGACAACAUCAUUGCAUCCUGCUCAGAGGACACAUCAGUACGAAUAUGGGAGAUCCCUGAGGGUGGUUUGAAGCGGAACAUGACCGAGGCAAUCCUAGAACUUUAUGGACACAGCCGGAGGGUGGGGCUUGUGGAGUGGCAUCCGACCACCAACAACAUCCUGUUCAGUGCUGGCUAUGACUACAAGGUUCUCAUCUGGAACCUGGAUAUCGGAGAGCCAGUGAAAAUGAUUGACUGCCACACAGAUGUGAUCCUCUGCAUGUCCUUCAACACAGAUGGUAGUCUGCUUUCCACCACCUGCAAGGACAAGAAGCUGAGGGUGAUCGAACCCCGUUCUGGCCGAGUUCUUCAGGAAGCCAGUUGUAAGAACCACAGAGUAAACCGGGUGGUAUUCCUUGGCAACAUGAAGCGGCUCCUCACUACGGGCGUUUCCAGGUGGAACACCAGGCAAAUUGCCCUUUGGGACCAGGAGGACCUAGCUAUGCCUCUCAUUGAAGAAGAGAUUGAUGGUCUUUCUGGACUCCUGUUUCCCUUCUAUGAUGCUGACACACACAUGCUGUAUUUGGCAGGAAAGGGGGACGGGAACAUCAGAUACUAUGAGAUUGGGCCAGAGAAGCCAUAUCUGAGUUACCUCAUGGAGUUUCGUUCUCCAGCGCCACAGAAAGGUCUGGGGGUGAUGCCCAAGCAUGGCCUGGAUGUCUCAGCUUGUGAAGUGUUCCGGUUCUACAAGCUAGUGACCCUGAAGGGCCUGAUUGAGCCCAUCUCCAUGAUCGUGCCUCGGAGGUCAGAAUCUUACCAGGAAGACAUUUAUCCCAUGACCCCAGGAACGGAGCCAGCUCUGACACCAGAUGAAUGGCUGGGAGGCAUCAAUCGAGAUCCAGUGCUGAUGUCUUUAAAAGAAGGCUAUAAGAAAUCUCCCAAAGUGGUGUUUAAGGCCCCAAUCAAAGAGAAGAAGAGUGUUGUGGUCAACGGAAUAGAUUUAUUAGAAAAUGUCCCACCCAGGACAGAAAACGAGCUCCUCCGAAUGUUCUUCCGACAGCAGGACGAGAUUCGGCGAUUGAAAGAGGAGCUCUCCCAGAAAGACAUCCGCAUUCGGCAGCUGCAGCUGGAACUCAAAAACUUACGGAACAACCCCAAGAACAAUUAGCUCCCCAAAAGCUCAUUUUCUAAAUAAACUCUCUGUUUAUACUUGCUCUUUAAUUUUCCUCCCAUUCACUCUCUCCCCUCCCCAUCCCCCCACCCCCACCCCACCCCACCCCCAGGACAAGCCAGUGCUAGAGCAGCCUGCCGAUGGGCUGGGCUCACCGAUAACUGGAAUUAUGUGCUUCGGCCCCUUUAUCUCACACUAAGGGGGGAAAAAAGAGGCCACAAAUGACCCUGUCGGACUGACCUGUACUGCUGUAACUGGAAACUACCGUCCUGGAGAGGGCCGGCUCUGGAUUUAUACCCCUAUGUUUUUUCUUGGAGGAACUAGCGGGUAGCAUCUCUUCUUCUGGAUCACACGAUUUUAGAACUCACCAAGAGGGGCUGCUUAAAGCUGGCCGGAAGACGCAUUGGAGAAGCUAGGGAAGCCAUAAAAUGAAACAAGCCAGGUUGAUUGCGGUUAACUUCUCCCAUGCAGAGGGCGGCAGCGGGGAAGACACAGCUCUCGAUAGCUGGAACUCAAAGCCACUUGCUUGUAGAUGCCAUAAAAUAAGGGCUUAAUUCGCUGAAACUCUCCCCUUUCUCCUCUUCUUCCACCUCUCUCUUCUCCUCUCUUCUUUCAAAGCAGCCCCUGUAAACCUCAGUUCUUAACUUGGAAGAGCCAGGUUUCUUUUUCUUUCCCACCAAAAAACAACCUCUGUGUCUUUGAAACCAAACCAAACACCUUAGUGAAUUAAUAACCGUCCCUCGUAUUUGCAUAGCGCUUUAUACUUUUCAAAGCACCUAAACAUAAAUGAUUUCGUUUGACCUUCACAACAAUCCUGUGUGGUAGAGAGGGCAGUAUUAUACCUAUUUUACAAAUGGGAAAGUCAAGGCACUAAGUGAAGUGAAGCCACCCGGAUAGUGGCAGAGUACGGACUUGAAGUCAGGUUUCCUGUCUCCUCACGCAGGGUUCUUCUCAUAACAUCAUGAUACCAUUACCAGUGGGGCUCAUGCCAUGUCCAAGUCACUCUGGGAAAUUUUAAUAUGAGGGAAAUCCUUCUAAACCCUCAACACAAAUUGUGCCAAUUGUAUUAUAAAGACCUGGACCGAGACUUUUCAAGCAGUGAGGCACUUCUUCCAUUCCCUGGGUUAACCCUGGUCUCCUCCCUAGGACUCAGGCUGAGAGGAUGCCUUCUUCCUCUGGGAAGCAUGAGGCUAAGAUGGCCAGAGUUUGGGCCCCUAGGGAAGAGAGAACAAGGAUUCUUUUCUUUCUUGCCUCUCUCUCUCUCUCUCUCCCAUUUCUCCCUUCUCCCUCUCAGUCUCUCCCUCCCUCCCCCCAUGUCCCUCUCUCCCUCUCUCUCUGCCCCCUUCUCUCUCCCUCCCUCCAUUCUUCUUUCCUUUUUCUCUCCCUUCCCUUUCUCUGCCUCUCUCUCUUCCCCUUCUUCCUCCCUCCAUCUCUCAUCAGCCUCUCCCCACUCUCACCCAGAUAUACUAGCCAAGUGCUAUUCCACUCUGGCUCUUCUGCACACAUCUCUUUUUCCCCGUGGGCACAACUACAGAUAUCUGGGCCAAACACAUCUGUUUAUGUUUGUGAAGACUAGCCGGCAAGGCCAGGCAAGCUGUAAAGCCCAACAGCUGGGUUUAUCGCUGUUAACUUUUCCAGUGCUAUGUGCCACAGCCAAGUAGCUACACAAACCCACCCCACAGGAGCUGGGCCCCAUGAGCUGCCGGCUACUGUGGGCUUCUACCACAUUCCCUUGCUUUCUCCCACUACUACAUAGGGCCUUUUACAUGACUGUCCAGCAGCAGCUGGAUGAGAGUACUUCUCUGUCCACUCACACCUUUUGCUUUCUUUCUCCCAUCUCCUUACUUGAACUGUGUUGUCUCCUGUGAUUAUUUAUGCCGCCACAUGAGGAUAGUAUUGAAAUAAAAUGUUUUCAAGAUACCAAAAAUGGACUUGGGAGUCUCA